GAUCCAGUCCCGACCAGCGAGGGCGGGGUUAAUAAAGAAGAAGAAGAAGAAAAAUAGAAGUUUCCUGGUGACCUGCGACAACACAGGAAGAGAUGAAUGUUGGCGUAGCUCACAGUGAGGUGAACCCCAACACACGGGUGAUGAACAGCAGGGGAAUAUGGCUCACCUAUCUUUUACUGACCGUGGUUCUGCACAUUGUUCUGCUCAGCAUUCCUUUCUUCUCGGUGCCGCUCGUCUGGACCCUCACCAACGUCAUCCACAAUCUGGCGAUGUACCUGUUCCUACACACAGUGAAGGGCACUCCCUUCGAAACUCCAGACCAGGGCAAAGCCCGUCUGCUCACGCACUGGGAACAGAUGGACUACGGCGUCCAGUUCACUUCUUCACGCAAGUUCCUCACCAUCUCACCAAUUGUUCUGCACAUUCUUGCCAGUUUCUACACGAAAUACGAUGCAACGCAUUUUUUAAUCAACACAUGCUCCCUGAUGACCGUCCUAAUCCCAAAGCUGCCGCAGCUUCACGGAGUACGGAUAUUUGGCAUCAACAAAUACUGACGCACCCUAAAACUGGGGCUUUAUCCACAAAAACUGGACUUAUGGUUGCUCCGCUCCUGCUGAACUGUUUUUUGAGUAACAGUUUGAGGAGACGGAGAUAAAAACUGAGUGCCCUGAACGCCUGGAGAAACUGAAUGCACUGUUUCAUCAAAGUGUUUCUCAUACCAAAACAAGAUCCGUUGCUUGUGUUUUUGAAGGUUAAAAAUGCACUGGUUUUACUUUGUGAUGUUUGUUCACCUUUUUUCUUUUUAUUUGCACUGGCUGCAACUGUGUAAAGCUGAGUUUGUUUGCCAUAGUUAUAAACCAAUCCGUUUUUUUCUACUCAAUCCAGCAUGCAUUUACAUGCUUACAAUAAAUAUUUUACCGUGAUAUAAAAGUAAAGUGGGUAUCAUUUUAGAAACCUGCCAGCUCUAAAAAUAGGAUUUUGUAGAAUCCACUUUUGUUCAGUGUUUCGCAAACUCAAAUUUGAGACUUUUUAAGACUAUUAUGAAUGGAAUUUAAGACCUGUAGCACAACAGAAAUGUACAAAAGAAAACGGCAAAUAAAUAAAUUGUACCAGUUGGCAACAGAAGUGAGCCAAUGGCGAAGACGAACGUCAUCCAGUCAACUGCCAAUAAAUAAAUUUCUACGUACCCAUAGUGGAUGUAAAAAAGAUAGCUAGCUUAUUAGCAGCUAGCUAUUAGCUACUUAUGGUUGCUACUUAUUAGCAAUUGCUUUGAAUCAUCAUAAUGCACUGAAGAUGUCUGUGCACAUCUCAGUUUGUGUAGCAGUAAUAUACUGCAAGAAAAAAUAAAACUACAUUGAAUGAGAUUAAAUAGUAAUGCCACAAAAAAAUAAGACCUGCAAUUUACAUAUUUAAGGCCAACUUAUUUAAAAAAAAAAAAAAAUCAAUUUAAGACAUUUUAAGGUCUCCACUUUAUAUUAAUAAAUUUAAGAGAAUCCUCUUCAUGCUAUUAGAUGACAUUAAAUCAUUUAAUCUUCCUUUGGGAUAAAUGUAUUAUUUUCGGGGUUUAUGCAGGUCUCACCAACUCAAAUUAAAAACUUUUUUCGGACCAUGUGAAUAAAAUUUAAGACUUAUAUCACAAGAGAUGGACAAAGCAAAUGAAGGGGACCAAAGCUAAAAUUUCUGAGGUCAUUUUGUGGCACUUGGCAGUAGCUUUGUGCUUUUCAGAUGGCAUAUGGCUCUUUUGCUAGAUAGCAUUAGCAUCAUGUUACCCUUAUCCUUAACAGCUUUGAGUUAUAGAACUCAGUGAGUGAAGAUGUCAGAGCAAAAGUCUUGCAAGAAAAACAUAGAAUACAUUACAUUAAUUAGUCCUGCCACAACAAAAUUUAAGACCUGUGAUUAACAUUUUUAAAGCUAACUUGUUGCUUUUCAAUAAAUUAAAGAAAUUUUAAGGCCUUAAUUUUAGGUACAUUAAUGUAAAACUUUUUAAGGAUCCCAUUGGCCUCACGUAGGCCAGUUUUCAAGCUGUGGGGAAGUCCAGACACUUUACAUGAGGAGGCUGUCACAGUUUUCUCCAUAUGCUCGUAUGUCCAAGGGGUUCCCCCCUUCUGCAUUCAAUAGAAUCCUGUUUGCAUUGGAGCGAGGCUUUCCCUGUUUGUAAUGCAUGUUUCGGGGAAGUAGUUCAAAGGAAACACAGCGGUGUGUGAGUGUUGCCUAGGUUGAGCUGAGCCUGGGAAAUACAUGCAAAUAUUGCUCGCUGUAUCAGCUGUUUUAAACCUGUUGAGUAAUUGUUUGCAAGCAUUCCCAACGGUGUUGAUCGUUUCGUGGACACACGCAGAUUGUAAAGAAACCUGCAGUGGGAUUCUCGCUGCUGCUGCCUUUAAAUGUCACAGUGUCCCCAAGAUGUCACUGAAACUAGAGUGGGAGAGUAAAAGAGAAAGGAUAGCCGUUGGGUUUUCUUUUUCAAACGUAGAUUGCGCUUGAUGAAAGAUAACAUUAUCUGCUCUGAAAAGCUGUUUUUCUUUUUUAAAUGUAUUCCUGGCUCAGCUUCUGCUUUGAAUUUAACAUCAGUCAUAAUGUCACAGUUUGUGAGCAACAGAUUUAAAAAGUUUCAGUGCACAGCGAGCUGCUUGUUUAAAGUUUUGAAUUGACGUGGAAAGACAAAUAUGUUUUAAGUAAUGAACAGAUAUGAAAAAGGUCAGAAAUUUCUUCUGAAUUAUCUUUGAUCUUGUUUUGCAGAUUACCAAGCACAACGUUUUUU